GUUAAUGUGAAGUAUAUCGACGUUUUCGAAAAUGUCACUUUUGCCGAUCGCGAGUGAUUACGUGACGAGCUCCCGAGACUCCCUACUGCCGAACUGGCCAUUUGUAGCAAACGUCGACACCUCCCGCAAGACAACGUCUGCUAUAUAAGCCCAAGACGACAGUCGAAAAGACACAUCAUUCGAUCAGUCGUCUCUUGGAAUACACUUUACCGAUAAGUCUCCACAGCCAAACAAAUCGAUUGACAUCACUCGACGAACACUCGAAAUCGACACUCUUCAUAAACCUUCAACAACAACAACGACAACAUGUUCAAGUACACGAUCGUGAUCGCAGCGGUGGUUGUCGUAUCGGCGUCUCUGGCCAACUCCGUGUCGGCCAACACUUCCCCGACAGCGGCCAACCAAUACGACCCUAUGUUCGGCGCGGCCACAGCCGUCCACAAGAACAAGCAGGACCACAACGGCGGCGGAAACCUAUUGGAGUCCGGUCUGUCCGGUCUGUUCAAGUCGUUCAAUCUGAAGAAAGUCAUCAAGACCGCCCUGAUCGUCGGUGCGGUGGUCGUGUUGGGCGCAGUAGCCGCGGCCGGCGCCGCCGGUAUCGCCGCCAUCGUGACCGCGGUGAGCGCCGCGUUACCGUACUUCCGGCUGUUCUUCGGCGGCCACAAGGGCCACAACGGCCCCAAGGGCGGCAAGUCUUCCGAUUCCGAGAUGGACGUCAUCAGCGAGUUCGUGUUGGGCGCGUUCAACAAAUACGACAGUCAGCACAAGGCGUAAUGACGCGACACGUAAUACUGUAUUAGUAUUAUUAUUGACCGUUUGGUUUUAUUUAUUGUACAUUAUUAUUAAUAUUCACGACUCGCCGAUAACGGCUUACCUAUAUUUAUAUUAUAUUAUUAUGUUUCGUGUGUGGUUAUACAAUAAACAAAAAUGUUCUACUCUAA